AUGGAGCCCCCAUCGUUCCCUGUUAGCGGCCUCCAGACUUUCAGGGCAGCCCCCGGUAGUGACGCCAACCUUAUACUUCCGUUGCCCAAUGGCACACCACCCUUCCACUUCGAAUGGAGUCGUGCGGGAGCGUCCUUGGAUGACCGCUUCACUACGUCAGAGGACGCGGGCGGCAUCCGCUUGACCGUCUCCGCUGCUCAGACUGGUGACAGCGGCGUUUACACGUUGCAAGCCAGCAAUGCUGCCGGGAAGGAUUCACGCCGCCUGCGACUGGAAGUGUCUGCGGAGGAGACGCCAAGUGGCGAUGAUCCACCGACGUUUCUGCGGCGCUUACAGGACCUCACUGUCAAAGUUGGCACUCGGACACGUUUCCUGGUUGAAAUCGUCAGUUCUACUGAGUGCAAGGUGACAUGGUAUCGCAAUGAGCGUCGGCUAAUGGAGGCCGAGCGGGUGGCGUUAGUAAGGGAUGGAAAUUUCUGGUGUGCAGACGUUGCAACUGUGAGUGUGGACGAUGCCGGACGAUGGACCUGCACCGCUGAGAACGCCGGUGGUAGGGCCAGUUGCUCCGCUCACCUCAAUGUUCUUGUACCAAAAGCGUACAAGCGUCCGGAGUUUGUCGAGGAGCUUCGUGCAUUACUCACAGAGCAAGGAACAGUAUCGCUGGAAUGCAAAGUGGUGGGGGUUCCAACGCCAGUUCUGCGAUGGUUUAAGGAUAGCCGCGAGAUUAAAGCUGGUGACGUGUUCGCCUUGACGGCUAAUGCGGAAGAUCCUACGUCGCUCGGCACUUACACGUGUGAAGCCGUCAAUUGCAUGGGUAGAGCCUAUUCGUCCUCCAAGGUACACGUUAUUGGCCGCGGCAGCAAGGAUGGAACCCUACGAUCAAGCUCGGGGGGAGUGUCUCCAGAGCCGCCUCCGAUAUUCACGAAAGAAUUACAGGACCAAUUUGUGAAAAUUUGCGAGCCUCUGACAAUGAGUUGUCACAUUGUGGUGCCGCCUUGGCCACGUAGUGUCGUAUGGUACAAUAAAGAAGGCAAAAUUGAACCAAGUGAAAGGUACCAUGUGAUAGAGGAUGGUGUUGGAGGAUAUUUACUAGAAGUGCCCUCCGCAGAGUGGCCGGAUGAGGGCGAGUGGAAAUGUGUCGCAACUAGUACGGGAGGCCGCGUCGGUAUAUCCACCUGCUACGUCACUAUGGACGUACCAAAGAACUUUCGAAAACCUCGUUUUAUGGAAAAUUUACAAGCCGUGCUCACAGAAGAAGGACUUGUGUCAUUUGAAUGCAAGGUUGUUGGUUUUCCCACUCCAGUGUUAAGCUGGUUUAAAGACGGUCAAGAGUUGAAGCCAGGAGAUGUAUAUCAGUUGACUGGUACAAACUCCUUGGGUUCUUAUUGUUGCAUAGCCAGAAAUUGUAUGGGACAAGCGAAUAGUUCGGCGGAGCUUACGGUGGAAGAUAUUCAGAAUCAGCUUAACGACGAAGAAAAGCUUCAGUUGUUCUCGAAAAAUCAAGCACCGAAGUUUCUCCAGGGGUUAAAGAGUGUUGAAGCGAAAAUCGACGAACCAUUCCGUUUUACUAUUAAAGUUGCUAUUCCACCUGAACCAUCAGUACUCUGGUACAGAGAUGACCAACCGGUGGAUGAUUCUAAGCGAUGUCGUCUUGGCAAAGAAGAACGUGGAAUAUUCUACCUUGACAUUCAAACCCUGGAAUUUUUGGAUCAGGCUGAAUGGAAGUGUGUUGCUAUGAAUGACUUUGGACACAGUGUUACAUCAUGCUUUUUAAAGCUGAUUAUACCUCGCCAUUACAAGAAACCCCGUUUUUUGGAGAAUUUACAGGCGAUUUUAUCUGACGAAGGCGCUGUUAACUUAGAAUGUAAAGUCAUAGGAGUGCCUCAACCGGUUUUAAAAUGGUACAAAGAUGGAGAAGAACUUAAGCCAGGUGAUAUUCAUAGAAUUAUAUCUGGUCAAGAUGGUACAUGUUGUCUCGGUACUUACACAUGUGAAGCGCAAAACUGUAUGGGCAUUGCAGCAAGUUCAGCUUCACUGUUAGGGUUUGACGAUUCUAUGAAGAUGAAAGGAAAGAAAAAAACUGACGAACAGACGUUACAAAGAAAUCUUUCUCUCAGUACUAUUCACGAAGAACGAACAUCUCAAAUGUAUGACACACCAGUAGGAGAUAUAACCUUAGACGAUAAAGGAGAGAUUUCAUUUUCUUUUGAUGGAAAGGAGGUAUCUGUUUCGCUAUACGAGACUCCUGAUUUAACAGAAGAAGAAGCACUACAGAUUGUUGAAAUGUAUGCUGAUCAACUUUCUGAAAACGUUACGGAGCAUAACGUUGUUGAGCUUCCUCCACUAAGGUUCGUAAAAGAAACGUCCACUUCUGGUAAUUUGUUAAUGGAAGCAAUAAUUAUAGAUGUUUCUCCUGAAUAUUUCACAUCUCCUGAAGAAGAUCUGAGAACUGAAGCUGAUAUCGAAGAUAUUUCUAUAGCUGAUGAAAACGGUCCUCCUCAGCUAUCUUUAGAUCAGGAAUUUAAUGGAGAGGACAAUCUAGAAAAAGUGAAUGUAUUAGUAUCAGAUGAAAAAGUUGAUGUUCAUCAACAUUUAGGUAGAAAAAAAUCUGAUUCACAAAGAAGUGGUGAUUACUUUAGCUUUUCUCAUGAUCAUUCGCUUUCAGAUGAAAAAAGAGACGACGAUACUCAAGUAUUAUCUGAAAGUGAUUUACAGAGUUUCGCAAGUGCGCAUAGUUCUGAAAAACCAAAAUCAUUUAAACCAUCUCCAGAUGAUGGCCUUGAAUCAUCAGAAGUUACUAAGACCACUAUAUACAAGGGUGAAAUUGGAAAAAAUUACACAGAUCAGGAAAAACAUAAAUUGAGACACGAAAGAAGAAGCAGCUGUAGUUCUAGAAGAUCUAGUUCAGGUAGUGAAAUAUCACAUACAAAAUCAAAAGGACAGUUGUUACAAAAAUGUGAGAGUAUAAACCAAUCAUUAUCACCACACAAGGAGUUCGAAGAAAAAGUAAACACUAUAAAAUCAACUUUAAGUAUUAUCAUGAAUGAUUUACAAAUUUUAGAAAAAGAUAUUAUUUUAAAAUCUGAGUUAAUGUCUUCUGUCGCUACAGCAUCAAAAAGCUUAGAAAUUAUAAAUAGUUUGCUAACUCCUUUAUCUGAAAUUAACACCAUAACCGAAGCAGCCAUUGACUCAAUAAAUGAAAUUAAUAAUGUGAAUAAUAAUAUCUUUAAAAAUAUGCCAGAAUCAUUAAGAUCACUUCAACAAUCUCUUACAGUAAUAGAAAAAUGUAUCGAUAUUGAAAGUGAAAAUAAAACCCUUGUAAAGAAGACUUGCAUAUCGUUAAUAGAAAAGUGUGGCGACAAAAUGCAAUGUUUAAUGUCAAACAUUACAUCUCUUACCUCUGACUGUUUUAAAAUGGAAGACAAAAUAUUGUUUGACAUACAAUCUCUAACACAUGAAGUAAAUAAUAUUCUUAAUUUUACAGCUGAUACUAUUAAAACUAGGAAUUUACUAAUCGAAGCAAGUGAAUUGCAUGUUGAUGAAUUAUCCUGUGAUGUUAAACACUUAAAAGAUACUCAAAAAGGUAUAUAUGAAUUAAAAAGACCUGUUAUCGCACUACUAAGCAUUGUAGAAAAUGCAGAGAAGUGCGAAACAAGUAUUUUAUCGAUAAACAGUAGUUCUGUUAUCCUUGCUGAUAUGUCUGCGUCCAUUCAAGAUUUGCAAUCGGCGCUAGAACAAAUAGAAUUUUUAUCAAUAAAGGAAUCAACGGCAAUACUAAAAAAAUAUAACACGGAAAUAAUUGAUGCUGUUAUGAAUUCUGUACUAAAAUUAAGAAGUUCUUUUGAACAUAUUUCGAUAGAAAGUAAAAAAAAUGAUGAUAGUGUUAUGUUAAAGCAAAAUCUAACUUUAGUAAAAAGUAAUCUCAAUGACAUUUUUUUGCAAUUAAAAUUGUUUGAAAAUAAUAUUGGCUGUUUUGAUAUAUUGCAAAGUGACAAUAAGUUAGAAGCACUACAAAAAAUGGCUCAGGUUUUAAUUUCGUUAGAGAAUAAUUUACCGAGACUAGAAGUCAUGUCUAAUUUAAAGAAUUCUAUGAAUUUAUUUCACAAACAAUUGACAAGGAUAUUGGAAAAUGUUAUUGAAAGUAACGACGCAGAAAAGUAUUUUGCCCUAAUGGAAAUAUGUGACGCACUAAAGAGGGUUAAUAAUUCAAUAUGUGACAUAGACUCUCAAAGCCAGUUAUGCUUAGCUAGUAUGAGUAACUCACUAAAAAUAAUAAAAGACUGUGUAGAUAAAAAUUAUUUUGAAUCAGAAUUAAAGAAGUCUAUAAUGAGUAAUAUAUCUGAUAUUCUUAUUUGCAUUCAAGAAGUGAACCAACCUGAAAACAAAAGUUUAAGUAUUGAAUCUGAAUAUAUUCAACAAACAUCUGAUCGUGAGCUUGAUAAAAUGAAAGCUGAUAUUGUGAUGGAACGAAUAGAUCAAACUCUAGCAGCUGUUGCUGUGGUUACAUCUCUGCAUGCUUUGGAAGAACAAGGACCACUUUUGCCUGUUAUAGAAAAUAUUUGUCCACUUUUAGAAGAACUGAAACGCAGUGUGGCUUGUAUAGGAUUAAGUGGAAUUGAACACGAAGAACAUAUUUCAGAGAUUUCAGACAUUUCUUCUCAUGCAACGGAAACUUUAGCGAAAUCUCUUUGUGAAUUAAAUCGACAUAUUUCAGUUCUUAAUGCAAUUAUAUUAGAAAAUCCUGAAAGUAUUACUGAAGGUAUUCAGCAAAUAUCUGCAUUUGCUCAACCUCUCAACGAAUUAUAUAAAUCUCUAGAAGUAUUGCAGCACAAUAUUAUUUCACAACUUGGUAAUGAUUUAUCGCCUUAUGAGUUAAAUGGAAACGUUGCAAAUGCAGCUCAAAAUUUAUAUAGUACAACGCUAAUGAUACACGAAAAUAUUGGGAUAGAAGCUGUUGAUGAAAUAUCAACUCUUGAAGAUAUUUCGGCUAUAAAAACUAUGGCAGAAACUAAUCUUUCUGAUGACUUAUUAUUACCAGUUGUUAAUGAAACUGAGGUUCAACAAUCUCUAGAAUUCAUGGAUAAUUUCAAGCAGUCUGCUGCAGCUCAAGCAUUAAACAUACUUAAUAAACACAUUAUAACAAUCCAAAACCUUGAGGUAAUGAAUACACUAGAAAUUCUUUCGGAAAAAUGCCAAUAUUCUAAUUUGAGGUCAUUAGUGGAGGGCUUAACGAAUUUGCACGAUAAGAUUGAAGAAAACUUAAAUCCUAUUGUAAUAAAUAAUUCACAAGACUAUAUAAAUUGUAUUAAUACCUCCAAGUUAGUCCCUAUAGCAGAACUUAUGCUUGAGCUUCAACAGGGUUUAUCUGUAGUAGAUACUAGUAACAUUCCAAUUUUUGAAGAUAUUUUAGAUAUUUCACCAGACACAAUACAUUCCGUUUUUCAAGGCAUAGCCGAAUUUAAAAACCACUUAGAAGCAUCUAUUCAAAUUUUACUUCCUGCUUUGGAAGUUGCAGAUAACACAGUAAAAAUAUCUUAUCACAUUGAUACAUUAAAAGAGUCAUGUGUACUAUUAAGUGAUCUAUUAACAUCUUCUACACUUACCUUUAAUUCUAGUCGAAUUGCCAAAAAUAUUGAGCCUUUAGAAGUGUUGCUUGUAAAUUUUUUGCAUUCUUGUGAUGUUAUAAAAGGGAUUAAUGUUGAAAAUAUAAAGACCAUUGUUGAAGAUCUUUAUGACAAUAUUCUGAUCCUCCAAGAAGAAAUUGUACCACUUACGUCAUGGGAAAUAGAAGAACCAGAAAAAUUGCAAUUAAUACAAACAUUAAAUGACAUGGAAGCGACCAUCGUUAUCUUAGAACAUGUUAAUUUUGUUGAACUGUCAAAACCCUUAGACUGCUGUUAUAACACUUCUUUUAAUGCCAUUGAAGUAAAAUCAGAACCACUUUUCCAAGUGGAAGAUAUAAUGGUUAGUACUACAGAUGUUCUAGAAAAUUUAGAAAAUAAGGGAAAAAGAGAAGAUUCAGUUGAAGUUGAAAAUUUUAUUAGAAGGUGCAAAAGCGAAUUUAUCAUUUUACGAUCACUGAUUACAAAAGAACUUACGUUCAAACGAAUUAUGAGAAUAUAUCAAAAAUUUUAUUUUCUUCGUAACGAGAUUACAUCUUUUAAUUCAAACAUAUCGAAGUUUAAUUUGUCAGAUGAAAUAAUAAACUCUUUAUUAAAUUUUAUAUCAAAAGCUAAUAAAUGUUUGGAGAGUGCACAACUUUCUCUUAUUAAAAUCUUUGAAUGUCAUACUGAUAUGAUUUAUACAACACCUUUGGCAAUUCUUUCUGACAAUUCGAAAUAUCUAAGCAAUACAUCGGAAAAAAAUAUAUCAUCCGAAUUAGCUAACCUUAUAAAAACAUUUUUAAAGGUUGCAGAGAUUUUAUUACCAACAAUAGAAAAUGUACAUAUUAAAGUUAUUAACGAAUUAAAAAUUGUUACUGAAAUAGAAGUAAAUGAAAAAGAAAUUUUAGAUGAGUGGAAUAUAUUUGUUAAAGUAGUUGAACAAACAUCUUUAACUAAAUCAUUAGGUAUAGAAUACCAUCAGAAAUUAGAAAAUAUACUUUGUUGUAUACAGCAGCAUAGUUAUUUCAAAGACGCACCUGGAUCUGGAAAACAACUAAUAUUACUUAUGUGUAUGGCGGAAUGUUCCCAAAUGUUAAAACAAAUGAAGGAAUUAAAAGCGAAUGACCUUAGUACAAAUAUUAAACUCAACGAAGACUUGACAAGAAUGAUAAUUUCGCUUAAAGCUUUAUAUAAGCAAAUAGGAGAUUUCCAAGAAAGUAAUAUUUUGGAAAUUGAUAAAGCAAAUUUCAUUAACUUAGAAUCUACAGAACCCUAUAUUGAAACGUUGACAGAAAUUUGUGAAGAUUUAAAACGUGAUAUGCAAACAGAAGCAUUUGUAGUAACUGAGAUAGAUAAAAGUUUAAUGUCUGAAAUAAGUAAAGAAAUAGACUUAAUUCAAAACAAUUUGCAAUCUUUAGAUGAUAUAAGAGUUAAAGAUAUGGUAAUGACUUUAAAUACAAUAGGGAAGUCAUUUAAUAUCAUUUUGUCUUCAGAGAAAGAAGAAAAUGACAAUAAUAUUUUGAAAGAUAACUACGAAAAACUUUUGAAUCAUCUUUCUCAGUAUAUUAAUGUAAUUGAAAGUUUAGAAAAAAAACCUGAAGUAAUCAAGAUUGAUAAUUUAGUAUCGUCUAUUAAUUUAGCAAAAGAAUUACGUAUGUCAUUAGUGGAAAGUAUUAUAACUAGUGAAGAAGUAAAGUAUGUAAAUAGCUUAAAUGAUAUAGUCAAAAACGCAGAUAAGCAAAUACAUAGUUUACAAGAAUCAAUAUCCAUGCUUCAGGUUCAAUUGCUUGAAUACGUAAGCAGUGCUACGUUAAAUUUUGAAAAAGACGAUUUUCAGCACGCUAUUGAAGUGAUUUCUGAUCUACAAGAAGAUUUAUUAGCUAUAUCAGCGAGGCAAACUAUUAUAAACAUGCCUUACAAUAGUAUUGAUAAUAACGAGUUAAAUGAAAAAACUACUAUUAUCGAUAAUUACCAAGCUAACUCAUUUAAUGAUAAAGCAAUAAAAGACAAGGAAAUGUCUCCAGUAUUAGAAGGUGCAGUUAACGAAAAGUUACUAAAUGAUUUUGAGACAUUAGUAUAUAAAAAUAACGAAGUACAACCUGUACAAACCACCUCUAAUGACUCAUAUGAACAAUUUGAUAGCGGAAGUAGUAAUACAGAAUAUUUACAGGAAUGUAAAAUCUUAAGCGAUAAGACUUAUACACAAGCAAGCGAAACUGUUGUAACAAAUUUAGACAAAAAAGAUAAUAUAGAUACGCUAGAGAAGAACACUGCAAAAGUGAAAAUAAUUUUGGGUGAGCUACUUAAUCACCUUGAAGAAUUUGUUUCUUGCGGUGACGUAGUUAGCCGAUUAGUUUUAUUGACAAAUACUACUAAUCUUGAAGAUUGCAUCAAAAAAGCAAUAGUCUUAAAGGAGCAAAUUACUGAGUCGCUUUUAAGUCCAGAUAACAAAGUUCCAAAUUUUUUUCAAACAGGAUAUAUUAAUAAAAACUAUGCAACUUUACCUCAAGAUCUUUAUGAAAACCUUAAAAUUUUGCAAAAAGAAAUGCAUAAUAAGACAAAAGAGCUCUCAGCCGAGUUUGAUGAUGUUAGUCUGCAACGUGUUAGUAAUGUCUUAACUAGACUAGAGGUAAACAUACACGAUGCAUUUAUUUUUGAAGAAACCACCUGUGAAGAACUAAAUAACAACACGAACUUCCAUAUUACAACAGCAUCAGAGUUUACAGAAGAGAACUUAUCGAAAAAUAUAAAUGAGAAAAUAUUUUCUGAAAAAUCUGUGGUUGACUCUAAAACACCCCAAGAAACUGAAAUUAUAUUAUUGGACUCUCAACAGGGGAUUUUUUCGAAAGAAAUAUCAGAUAACAUCGAAUAUACUGCAAAAAUGCCAAUUUGUUCCGAAGUAUUCGAAAAAAUCGAAUCAACACAAGAGAGUUUACAGCAACUUGAGCAGCCAAACAAAAUAGUUGCUAAGAGCAUUGUUUCUAAUGAGGAAAAUGAUUUAAUAGUAACUAAAAAUCUUGUUUCCAUUUCAUUUUACGAGGAUACAAUAGAUCAGAGUGUCAAUGAAAAUAAUAAAAAAAUUCCUCCAUCGUCAACAGAUAUAAUACAAAAAGAUUCUUUAUAUGGAUUAAAAUCUUUACUCCAAGAAGUUUGCGACAAAAUUGAUAUGUUAGCAAUCGUUAAGACUGCUGAUCAUACCGAAACUCUCCAGAAUACAUUAGAUGAGAUUCAAACGGUAAUUAUUGAAUUAAAAUGUGAUUACGACGGAUCUGUAAGCGACACUCUCAAUGAAACUCUUGAAGACUUAGAGUGUAGUGUAAGGAGUGUUCAACUCCAAAUACACGAAGAUAGUCCACCAGAACUGCUUAAGGAAGCUUGUGCGGCACUGCAGUUGUUAGUAACCAACAUGUGUGAACUACAAGAACUUCAUCUAUCUCACAAUAUGCCUACUGAAGUAAAAUUAGAUAACAUUCUUCAAAGUUGCUCUAAUGAUACUGAAACCAUUGUUAGUUUGUUAGAUGCUACAUUAGAGUCGAAGGCAAGUGAUCCAAGUGAAUUUAGUAUACUUAUUGCCGAUCUAAAUUCUUUAAAGUGCUUAAUACAAUUAUUAAAAUCUAAUUUUGACGAAAAUAUGGAAACAUUAAUAGAGAAGGGGAUUGAAAUAAAUCAAAACCUAGAUCUUGUCGAGGAUCGAGUAUUCACAUUAGAAAAAGAUGUUGAUUUGAACAAAAACUUAAGUUCUCAUGAUAGAGAUACGGUUAUCGCUGUUAUUCAUUCUGUUUAUGGCAGUAUUUCAAAUAUGAGGAGUGCAAUGACAAGUGUACAAAAACAAUAUAUGUUUGAGAAUUAUGCGAACCCCUCAAAACUUUUUUUAAGCGCUUUGAAGAAUAUCGCAUUAAUUGUCCAAACCAGCGGUGAAACUAACUGGAAAAUAAUAGCAAAAUGUUUACGUAAAGUGCUAAACCACUUCGAAGACAUAAAAUUUUACAUUAAUUUCGAUAAAACUGCAAGAAUUCCUAGUGACGCUGCAUUUACAAAGAUUAUUCUUCUUGAUCUUAAAUCUGUAAUUAAUGAGGUGAUUUUUGCAAACGAAACUCAACUGAGUCCAGAAAUUAUUGCUAUUGCUAGAAAUACUGCUAUUUGUAUAGAAUCAAGAUUACUUAAUAUAGAAAAUCAAUCACAUUUGGAAGUGAAAGAAAAGAUACCUAUAUUUAAAUCUAUAGCAUUUCAAUUACAUUUAUUGAUAGAAUCUAUUAAAGAUUAUUUAGUCGUCAAUGCAGAUGGCCAGGACAAUAAAGAAAAAACAAUAAAUAGAAAUAAGGCAAUUACAGAAAAGGAAGAUAUUAACACAUUAGACCAAGAUGUAACAAAUGCAGAAACAAUAAACACUGUUUUAUCAGGGCAGUCUACUAUCGCUGAUCCUUUGAAAACAGAAUCUUUAGAGGAAAAUAAAGAUUUUUGGGAUUCUGAAGCAGAAACAAUUAAAUCUAAGAUAAAUGUACUAGAACAUGAAAGUAAUAAAAGCCAAAACUAUACUGAAGUUAGUAAUGAAAAUGAUAUAAAACUUGAUACUUGCUCAGUCAAUGAUUUUCAUGAGAAUACUGAAAUGUCUUUUAGCAAAAUAGAAUUAGGUGUACCAAACUUUGCUUUAGAGGUUGUUCCUGAAUCUGUCAUGUUGGAAAAUAUAUUAGAACAUACACUUUUAAAAAUAGAAGAGUCGAAACCGCUAGAGGCUUCUCAAUUGCAUGUUCUAGAAACCCGUGUUUUAUACGACGCUCAAACUGCUGUUGCUGUGACAGGUCAAUUAAUGGAGUUUGAUAUAACAUUUGAUCAAAAAGUUGGUCAAGGAGCUCCAUUUGAAUCUGAUAAGCAAGAAAUUUGCGCAAGUAAAAGCAAUCAAUUAUCAAUAAGCAGUGACAAUGAAUUUACACAAAAUUCUGGCACUGUUACUGAUCAUGUUAAUAAUCAAAACCAUAAUAUAUCUUCGGAGAAAAUAAAAAUUAUCGAUAGUAAACAACUUAUAAAACAAGAAUAUAUGCCUUCUCAUAAUGCUCAAGUAUCUGUAACAAGAGAAUUACCUUGUAAUAACCAGGAAGAGUCUUUUGAAAUUUUAGAUAAUAAUAUUAGGGAAUCACAGACAAGUUCAAUUAAUCAAGACAAUGAAAACUUUCAAAACAAUGAGUACUUUAAAGAGGAUAAGGAGAAGAAAGAUUUCAAUCAAUUAAGUAAUGAUUUGGUUUGUGAAAAUAAACGUGUACAGCUAAAUAAAAGCGGCUCUCAAAUCACCUUUGAUGAAUCUAAAAGAAAAUUAAACGAUGAUCAAGAUAUGUUAGAAAAGGAAGAGAAUAAAUUGCCAGUAAAAGAAAUGAAAUCGGAAGAAAAAAAUCUAGCUGUAGAACUAAAUAAAGGAGAUAAAGAAAUUUCAGUAGAGUGUGGCGAUAAGAAGCACAGUGAAAUUAAUGUAAAUGCAAUACAAACAAUUGACGCCUUAUCAAAUGAUAUUAAAAUACAUUCGAAAAGUAGUGAAUCAAUUAAUCCAUCUCAAGGUACGAUUGAUCAAGAAAAACCAGAGAAAGGUUACCAAACUAUUUUUGAAAAAUCAAAAGAAAACAAGGAAAUAAACCUAGAGUUGGAAAUGAAACCAGAAACAAUAAAACAGAUAGCCGAGCAUUCACAGGACUCUGCAGAAAUUAAUAAUUUUAUGCAAGAGCAAUUCAAAGCAAUCACUGGAAUAACGAUGGAUAGUGAUAAAAGUUUGCAUGUUGACAUUGACAAAAAUGAUGACCUUGCAUUAAAUGACACACGAACACUAUCAGAAAGAAGUCAGUCAAGUGAUCUAUGCCAAGGCAUACUUAAUCAUGAACAAGGUAAAAUACAAACAAAUGAAAAUAAUCAAAAUAUUUUGAAUAUACCUGAAAAACAUGAAACAUUACAAGACACAGAAAUUAAAUCUGAUGCAAAAAUACAAGAAACAGAACAGUCACAGACUGCCGUAGAAAUUAAUAAUCAUAUAUCAGAACAAAAUAAAUUAAAUACCAAAAUCACUACAGAUACUGAUAAUUUAAAGCAUGCAGAAAUGAAUAAAAAUGACAUGCAAUCAAUUAGUGACUUAGCCACAAAUGGAGCAAAAAUGCAGUUGGAAAGAAGAUCCAUUGAACUAUCUGAAGAUAAGAUUGAACAAAUACUAGGUAAAAGAAAGUCGAAAGAUGAUGGUGAAACUAUUUUAGAUAAAUCAAUAGUAAUCGAGAAAGUAUUAAUAAAAGAAGACAAAGAAUUUGAAACAAAAAUACUAGAACCAGAGCAACCACAAGACCCUGUUGAAAUCAAUAGUAAUAUAAUACAACAAAAUAAGGAAAAUAUCGAUACAACUGUUGAUAGUGAUUCCAUUAGGCACGUUGAAGUAAAUAAAGGUGAAGCACAAACAAAUAAUGGUAUAGCCAUAAAUGGAGCAAUAAGGCAGUUGGAAAUAAGUCAAUCGAUCGAACCAUUUGAAGAUAAGAUUAAACAAGAACAAGAUAAAAGAAAGUCGAAAGAUAAUGAUAAAACUAUUUUAGAUAAAUCAAUAUUUAUCGAGAAAAUAGUAAUAAAAGAAGACAAAGAAUUUGAAACAAAAAUACUAGGACCAGAGCAACCACAAGACACUGUUGAAAUCAAUAGUAAUACGGUACAACAAAAUAAGGAAAAUAUCGAUAUAACUGUAGACAGUGAUUCCAUUAAGCACGUUGAAAUAAAUAAAGGUGAAACACAAACAAAUAAUGGUAUAACCACAAAUAUAGCAAUAAAGCAGUUGGAAGUAAGUCAAUCGAUCCAACCAUCUGAAGAUAAGAUUAAACAAGAACAAGAUAAAAGAAAGUCGAAAGAUGAUGAUGAUGAAACUAUUUUAAAUAAAUCAAAAUUAAACGAAAAAGAAGUAAAAAUAGAAGACAAAGAAUUUGAAACAAAAAUAAUAGUACCACAGCAAGCACAAGACACUAUUAAAAUAAAUAGUAAUAUAAUAACACAAAAUAAGGAAAAUAUCGGUAUAGCUGUAGGCAGUGAUACUAUAAAGAAUGUUGAACUUAAUGCAAAUGACAUACAAUCAAUAAAGGAUUUAGCCAUAAACGAAGCAAUAAGGCAGUUAGAAAAAAGUCAAUCGAUUGAACCAUCUGAAGGCAAGAUGAAACAAGAGCAAGAUAAAAGAAAGUCGAAAGAUGAUGAUGAAACUAUUUUAGAUAAAUCAAUAUUAAUCGAGAAUAUAGUAAUAAAAGAAGACAAAGAAUUUGAAACAAAAAUACUGGAACCAGGGCAACCACAAGACACUGUUGAAAUCAAUAGUAAUAUAAUACAACAAAACAAGGAAAAUAUCGAUAUAAAUGUAGACAGUGAUUCCAUUAAGCACGUUGAAGUAAAUAAAGGUGAAACACAAACAAAUAAUGGUAUAACCACAAAUAUAGCAAUAAAGCAGUUGGAAGUAAGUCAAUCGAUCCAACCAUCUGAAGAUAAGAUUAAACAAAAAGAUAAAAGAAAGUCGAAAGAUGAUUAUGAAACUAUUUUAGAUAAAUCAAAAUUAAUCGAAAAAGAAGUAAAAAUAGAAGACAAAGAAUUUGAAACAAAAAUACUAGAACCAGAGCAACCACAAGAUCCUGUUGAAAUCAAUAGUAAUAUAAUACAACAAAAUAAGGAAAAUAUCGAUAUAAAUGUAGAUAGUGAUUCCAUUAAGCACGUUGAAGUAAAUAAAGGUGAAGCACAAACAAAUAAUGGUAUAGCCACAAAUGGAGCAAUAAGGCACUUGGAAAUAAGUCAAUCGAUCGAACCAUCUGAAGAUAAGAUUAAACAAGAACAAGAUAAAAGAAAGUCGAAAGAUGAUGAUGAAACAAAAUUAAUCGAAAAGGAAGUAAAAAUUAAAGAUAAAGAAUUUGUAACAAAAAUAAUAGUACCAGAGCAAACACGAGACACUGUUGAAAUCAAUAGUAACAUAAUAACAGAAAAUAAGGAAAAUAUCGGUAUAACUGUAGACAGCGAUACUGUAAAGAAUGUUGAAAUUAAUGCAAAUGACAUGCUAUCAAUAGAGGAUUUAACCAUAAAUGAAGCAAUAAGGCAGUUAGAAGAAAGUCAAUCGAUUGAACCAUCUGAACAUAAGAUUAAACAAGAAGAAUAUAAAAGAAAGUCGAAAGAUGAUGAUGAAACUAUUUUAGAUAAAUCAAUAUUAAUCGAUAAAGUAGUAAAAAAAGAAAACAAAGAAUUAGAAACAAAAAUAAAAGUACCAGAGCAAUCACAAGACACUAUUAAAAUAAAUAGUAAUAUAAUAACACAAAAUAAGGAAACUACAGAUAUAACUGUAGACAGUGAUUCAAUUAAGCACGUUGAAAUUAAUCAAGGUGAAGCACAAACAAAUAAUGACAUAGCUGAAGCCAUAACACAAUUAAAAAUAAAUCAAUCAAACGAUCUACCAAUCGAUACGAUAGAUCAGAAACAAAAUAAAACAAUGUUGAAAGACGAUGAUGAAAUCGUUUUAAGUAAAUCAAAAGGAAUCGAGGGAAAAUUCAAAGAAAAAGAAAUAAAUGAAAUGCAAUCAAAUAAUAACUUGGCAACAAGUGAAUCACUAAUGAAAUUAAAAAGAAAUCAAACAAUUGACCUAUUACAAGGCACCAUUGAUGAAAAACAUGUUGAUAUGACAAGAAUGGCAAAGGAAGAUGACCAAAAUGUUGUUCAUGAUAAAGGAAUCGACGAGAAAUCAAAAGAAAAAGUAAAAGAAAAGAAAAUAAUAGAACAAUCAAUAGAACAUCCCCAGGACAUUGUAGUAAUUAAUAAUAAAAUGUUGGACCAAAAUAUCGAAAGCGCAGGUAUCACUUUAGACAGUAAUGCCCUUAAGUAUGAUGAAAUUAAUAAAAAUAUUAAGCAAUUGACUGAUCUGACUGACCUAGAAGCAUGUGAUGAAAGUAUUCAAUUUAAAGAAAGUCAGGCGAGCAUAGCAGAUCUUGAAGAUAGUAAAAUUUAUAAAACAACUAACGAAAACGAACAAACUGAAAAUGUUUCGAGUCAUAAACUACUCGUAAAAAAAGAAGAAACACAACUGCCCCUUAAAUUGGAAAAUCCAAUGCUAAGCGAUAACGCAACACUACAUCAAGAAGAAAUAGACAAAGAGAAUACUAACGUAAAUGAACAAAAUGAUCAUAUCAAAACGAAUGACAGACAAGUAGAUAAAGUAGCAACAAAUACAGAAAGGGAAAAGGAAAGUGAAAAUAAAGAUUUAAAAAACUCAAUAGAAAUUAUUACAAAACAUCAACACCAAAAUACAAGUGAUGAAAAACAAGAUAUCUCAAAAUAUGAAACUGAAACAAAAAGUCAAGCAACGGAGCAGUCACAAAGCUUCUCAGCAAUAAAUAAUAAUGUUACAGAUCAAAUAAGAGAAAGGACACAAAUGUUAGAUGGUAAUAGCCUUAGUGAAUCACAAGAAAAUAAGAGUGUUAACAAGGAAGUAUCGAAUUGCAAUAGUAUUAUAGAGGUCAGUAAGUCAGAAAAGGAACCUGAUAAAAUAUCAGUAAAAGAAUUGGAAGAAAAAACAAGUUGUUUUGAUUCUGUGGAAAGUGAAGAACCCUAUUUAAAUUUACAAAAUGAAGCAAUAUCGAAUAUGGUAAAAUCGAUGCAGUGGUCUCAAGAUGACUUGAACUUACAGGAGAUUGAGAAAAUAAAUGAAAUCUUGAAUAUUAAAGAUACAUUACCCGAGCUUUUAACUAAUUUGGACGAUUUAAAAGAAGUUCAAGAAUCUCCAGACGAAGAAACAAUUGAAAUUAAAUCAGUUAAUAUAGAAAACACUGAUUUGAUUAUAGAUUUUGAGCGUAGAGAAUCUCAAAGGGAUAAAAGUGGUGAUAAGACGCAAGUGGAAGAUUCAGCAAGCUUAUUUACUGCUAAUAAUGUAACAGAGCUCACUAAAGAACAUAUCGCAACUGAUCAUGUAACAGAAGAUAUUUCUGAGACAAAAAUUAAAGACCAAAGUGAAAAAAAUGCAUUUCGUCCUGAAAAUAUUAAUGAGUGCUCUUUGAAUGAAGCGAAGAUUAAAACAAAAAAUAUUGAAGAGAAGGUAAGAGAGGAAAUAAAUGAUUACAAAGAAUCCAUGAAAGGAUUGGAAAUAUCUUUUAAUAAUCAAAUAAAUGUAAGCCAAAAUAAACGAACUGAAUUUAAUUUAGGUCAAUAUUCUCGGAGUAAUGAGUUUUUAAAUACCAUUACGGAAUGCGAACCAAAAGAAAAAAAUAUAUUGGUUGAUAGUUCAAAGGUCGCUUGUGGACCGGUCUGCGAUUAUUCUAUUGCUGAAAUAAAUAUGGGACAGAUUCAGACAUUUUAUAAAGUUCAGACUAUUGCAUAUGAUUCGCAAUUUAGGUCAUCAUUACCUCCGGGUUAUGAAGAUACCAAAAAUAUUGAGACUGUUGAAAGAAAUUCUAAAGAUAAUCAAAUUUCCAAAGCUCAAAGUGAAGCUCGAAGUAUUACCACCCAAAAGCGGUCUUUACGAGAUGUUAAAAGGAAACCUGUUUUUUCAACAUAUCUUACAGAUAGAACAGCAGUAGAAGGUUCUAGAGUUAAACUUACUUGCAGUGUUUUAGCUUCAUCAGAACCGAUCAUAUUAUGGUAUAAAAAUGGGGUACCGCUCGAUGAUAAAUUAAAAUAUAGAACUAAAUACAUAGAUGGAUUAAUAACAAUGGAAGUUCUAAAUGCAGUGCCAAGUGACUCUGCUGAAUAUAGUUGUACAGUAGAAACGGAAAAUGGGUCAGUUACCACUUGUGCUAACUUAAAAGUGUAUCCCAGUUUUGAAGCAUCUCCUAUACCACCUACAUUCACCCGCUCUAUAAGAGAUACGUAUCAUUUAGCAGAAAAUGAAUUAAUCUUAGAAUGCAGAAUCAGGGGACAACCAUUGCCUACUAUUACGUGGCUAAAAGACGAUAAACCUAUAUCUUCAUAUGAACGAUACCAAGCAUAUUAUUUAGCAGAUGGUGUUUGUAGAUUGGUUAUCAAUUCCCCCUGUCCCGAAGACAGUGGAAAAUACACGUGCAAAGCUGAUAACUCAAUUUGGUCAGACCAAAUAAGUCAUAUUGUCAUCUUUUCAGGCUCAACGCGGCCGGGAUCUAAUACAACGAACUGGGAAACAUCUCGAAUUGAUCAUCAAAUUAUAGAAGGACGACGACCUCAUUUUACUAACGUUUUAACUGAUUACAAAGUGUCUAAGGGAGGAACGAUUGGUUUGCAAGUUGAAAUUAAAGGAUCUCCAACAAGAGUAGAAUGGUUACGUGAGGGACGUUCCAUAACUGAAAUUUACAGAAAUGCUGAGACAUUUGUUGAUCAUGGUUUAUAUACGUUAGCAUUAUCUGAUGUAACUGAGAAAGAGUCUGGUGUCUAUACAUGCAGAGCGUGGAGUAAGAAUGACAAAGUUGAUAUGAACGCUGCUAUAACGGUUGUUCAACCAAAUGAAAUUGAUGGUAAGCCUGCAGUCAUCAUUGGAAGACCCCAAAAGGAUGUUCUCAUAUCGGUUGGUGCAGAUAUAAAUAUAUCUUUCCGAGUCCACGGCGAGCCUAAGCCUAAAGUGACUUUCAUGAAAGGUAUUCGUGACAUAACAAAUAGUCAACGAGUUUGUAAAAUGACAUCUGAUGAUUACGUCAAGUUCACCUUAAAAAGAUCUGUUGUUUCGGACGCUGGCACGUAUUGUAUUUUUGCUAGAAACGCCUAUGGUUGUGAUAGGGCGUUUGUAACCGUUGCGGUGAGACAACGCGCUUCAUCUGAAAAUUUGAUAUCUGAUUGGACUUAUCCUAUCGAUGACUCGGCGAUGACGGUCGCUAAACAACGGUUUAAAUCUGUGCCUAAUCGAAUCCCGGGAGAGCCGAGUGUAGUGGACGGUGGAAACAACUGGGUAUCUCUGGCUUGGCCAAAGCCUGAUUCUCAAAGUGGGUCGUCUGUGACAGCGUACAAAGUUGAGAGUUGGUUACUUGGAAAAGAAGGUGGGGCUCGUUGGACAGAACUUGGUAUAACACCGUUGAACUCCUUCGACGUUUUCAACCUUAAGCAAGGGGAAGAGUACCAUUUUAGAGUAACUCCACGAAAUAGAUACGGUUGGGGAGAAUCAGUGCAAACAACGUCACCAAUCGGAGUCGGUCUAGCUGGCGAUAGACCCGAGUUUGUUGAUAUUCUACCUGGACAGUUAAAAGUAUUGGUGGGCGAAACGGUAACCUUAAAGUGCAGUUUUAAAGGAAAACCGAUUCCGGAAAUUGUAUGGAUGAAGAAUGGACACGAGAUUGAUGAAGAAGACAGUCGAUUAAAGACCUCCUUAAAUGGGAACGACUGUUGCCUAACUAUUAACGAUGUUAGAAUAGAAGAUGAAGCAAGGUACAGUUGUGAGGCCACAAAUGUACAUGGAAGGACAUCAACCUACGCGAGAAUUGCAGUUAUCACGGACCGACUUAUAUGGGAAGCAGAUGCUAAACUUAAGAGAGAGAGAUCAGCUGACGUCGGAGGAGAAUACCCUCCACAGUUCACAAUGAGAUUACGUGAUCGUCGAGUUCAGGCCACAUAUCCAGUCCGGUUAACGUGUCAAGUUGUUGGAAGACCACACCCUAUCGUUACUUGGUUUAAAGAUGGAGAGGAAGUGACGAAUGACGCACGCCAUACGAAAUCCCAAGACGAGCUCUUCCACACAUUGGAAAUUGCGCCCACGAACCUUGAAGACGGAGGUGUGUACGAGGCGAUGGCACGCAACAACAGUGGUGCUAUUAGCUGCCACUGCAACUUGGUGGUGGACAAAGGCAUUAGAGCUUACGUAGCGCCGGAGUUCUGUUGCGGUCUUGAACCAUUGUAUGAAGUUUCUGUUGGUGACGAAUUGAGAAUAUCGGCAGUGGUGGAAGCGUAUCCUUCUGUUGGAGUGACUUGGUUCCGGGACGGAAUCCGGCUCCGACCCAGUCGGCGCGCGGUUAUGACACUGGAUCAUGAUGGUCAGAUCGAAUUGGCGGUAGCGCACAUCACUCAACGUGACGCCGGUAUUUACACUUGUACUGCCUCCAAUGAGGUUGGAAAGGCAUCCACCUCGGGCAAGGUCGAAGUGUUGGGUGACAGCACAGAGGAGAGGAGUCAAACUAUUCCAACUGUGAUAUGUCCGAACGUUCCAUAUUCAAAGGAACCGAUGUUUAUACGAAAACCGAGGUCGAGCGAAGCUCGCGAGGGCGAUACCGUUAUUAUAGAAUGCGAGGUGAUAGGUGACCCUAAGCCGGAGGUUUACUGGCUUAGAGACUUUUUACGGCCGGACUAUUACCGUGAUGCAUCCCACUUUAAACGCGUCGGCGCUGGUCCUGAAUACCGGUUCGAGAUACCACACGCGAAACUCGACUUCACUGGGGCUUAUUCAGUUGUGGCCAGGAAUAUAUACGGCGAAGCAAAAGCUAUUAUAUCCUUGCAGAUAUUAGCCAAAGACCCCACUUCUUCAGAAGAAACACACAACAUUAGAUAUGGACGGGUCGAGGUGAUCCCCCGUUUUGAAAAAGAGUUGACAGACUUGCUGUCGCAUGAUGGUGAUGCUGUGGAGUUCGAGUGCCGAGUGACAGGAAACCCCGAACCUGAUAUCAAGUGGUACCAUUACACCGACAUAAUACGCGAUAAUUCCGACUUCGAAACGACUUAUGAGCUCGGCACGGCGCGGCUGAAGAUUAAGCAGGUUACGGCUGACGAUGAAGGCACCUACACCUGCGAAGCAUACAACAACCUCGGCAAAGCCAAGUCCAGCGCUUGCCUCGUUGUUUAUCCUCCCGGUGAACCAAACACCCUAAGCCAGCGGUUGCGCCGCCCGCCCGCGCUGCUGUCGACCACGUCCACGCCACGCUCCACGCCACGCAGCACACCCGCCAGAUCGCUCUCCAGAAACAGAACCCCCGGUCCAGAUAUGCGAAGCCUCUGCAGCCCAGCUCGUGAAGUUGCCCCCAAAUUCUAUACGUACCCGUUUAAUAAAGUUGCUGAAGAAGGGGACACCGUAGUUUUUCAAUGCGCCGUUAAAGGCCUGCCCGCGCCUUGGAUCACAUGGGAUAAAGAUGGCGUCGUGAUAACGCCAUCAUCUAGAAUUACCAUUAAAGAAAAGGACGAGAUUUUAAGAAUUUUGGAAAUAGAGGAGGUUACGAGCGAAGACGUUGGUCUAUAUAGAGUGACAUUGGAAAAUGAUUAUGGUAGAGCAGAAGCUUCUGCGAGGCUGGAGGUGAUAUCUCAAAGAGGAAAGUUCUAUGCUGGCGGUCGAUCUUAUAGUGCUUCUCCGAGGAGGUCACUGUCAUACAGAAGAAGUAGGUACUCCCCACUUCCGAGACAAGACUGA